AUGAGUUUAGGAGCAGCCUGCAUCUUCCUGCGUGGGGGAAAGAACACCGUGAGUGCAGCUAGAGAGCUGGCUGAAGACGAGAUUGAAGAGCUCCGGGAGGCCUUUAAUGAGUUUGACAAGGACAAGGACGGCCUGAUCAGCUGUAAGGACCUGGGCAACCUGAUGAGGACCAUGGGCUACAUGCCCACCGAGAUGGAACUCAUAGAACUCAGCCAGAACAUCAACAUGAACCUGGGGGGCCGGGUGGACUUUGAGGACUUCGUGGAGCUCAUGGCCCCCAAGCUGCUGGAGGAGACGGCCGGGAUGAUCGGCAUGAAGGAGCUGAAGGACGCCUUCAAAGAGUUUGACAUGGACGGGGAUGGGGAGAUUACCACAGAGGAACUGCGCCAGGCGAUGACCAAACUGAUGGGCGAGCACAUGGCCGGCAGCGAGAUCGACGCCAUAGUCAAGGAGGCUGACGACAACGGAGAUGGAACCGUCGACUUCGAAGAGUUUGUCCAGAUGAUGUCCCGCCAGUAG